GAAAUGGAGCCCCUGAGGGUUAUGUUUGUUUUCUCCGUACUAGGCCUUUAUAAUUUUUCGACGACAGCUCCUUUGCCUCCUCCUCCUCCUCUGAAAAUUUUCUUCUCAUUUUCUUUUGGCGUCCCAUCACUUUCUCUCGGUGACUUUCUUUCCUGCCAAGCCCCGAGGAUCGCUCUUGAUCUUCCUCUCGGCGCACGCACGCACGCCCGAUCUGCUGUUACUGUUCUACUGUCAAAUUCGAUGGAGCUGGUGAAACAAGAUGGGAAACGAGAUUUAGGCAUCUGUUGUUUCAGUGGUUCUGAUGAUUUGAAUCGAAUACUAUUUGAAGUCGAUGGAGCUGGUGAAACAAGAUGGGAAUGAUUCUCUCGACAUGCUCAUCAGACGCGCCGUUGGAAAGGAUCCUUUUCUUUCCUUCCCUAGGCCUGAUAAUAAUCCAGUCCAGCUCUUUCAGCUUCUCCAUAACUUAGAGCGUCCAGGUUGGCCAUUACUGACUCCUUUGAAGAUAGAACUGCAAAAGUGUGAAAAGUGCGCCAGGGAGUUUUGCUCUCCUGUGAACCAUAGAAGGCAUAGCCGUGUGCAUCGGCGUCCAAGAAAGCAGGAAAAGGAUUCCAGCAAAGAGAGGGAUGCGCUGGGGGAGUUUUGGGAUAAGCUCUCGGUAGUUGAUGCGAAGGAGAUUCUCUCAUUAAAGAGCAUGAUGCUGGAGGAUGUGGCUGGGGAAUCAGUUGAGUCCGGACUAAUGUCACUUAUCGAAAAACCAGGAUAUACUGCUCUGCCACAAUAUUAUCUAAGAGCUGGUUCUGACCUUUUGGAUAUUAUCCAGGCUAGAACACCUAGGUUUUCAAUUUCUUCGCAGAAGCUUUUUAGCAUCCUCGAUGAAGCAAGUGAAAAAACUUUCAUGUGUAACGAGGCUGCACCAAUGCAAAAAUACAUAUUUGACGGGGAAAUUGGGAAAAAUAUGCUGGAGGCAAAAAAUGUCGUUGCUUGCGCAAGCUUUCUCCUGGAACAGAAAUUGAUCAAAGCAUGGCUUGCUGACAAAGAUGCGGAAGCCCUGAGGUGCCAAAAUUUACUGGUUGAAGAGGAAGAAGCUGCUCAAAGAAGACAAGCCGAGCUCUUGGAGAGAAAGAAGAGGAAGAAGCUAAGACAGAAAGAACAAAGAGUAAAGGACCAAAAAAAAGAUGCUACCGAAGACGUGAGUACCACAUCAGAAGAACAACAUUCCCCAGCUGAGUCUUCAAGCCCGUUAUCUGUAGCUUCAGAUUCCGAGGCGCAGAGAUCAGAUUCCAUACCAGUUGAGGAUUCUUCAUCCCUCGAGGAACCUCAAGUUCUGGAAACGGACAAUGAAAGAAACGGUGAAACUCAAGCGCCUAUGGUUGAUGAUGAUGGUUUGGGUAAUGGUCAAAACAUGGAAAGGCGAAGUGGGCGAAGGCAAAUGGAGAAGAGAUCACAGCAUGGAAUGCCGAAUGGGUUCCACGGUAAUCAUGCGCCAAAACUUGGAGGCAUCCGAAAGAAUGGAACUAACAGAGACGUAAGAGGCAAUACUACUAAAGUUUGGAGCCGAAAAACCAAUAACCCCAACUCGAUAUCACCAGAAGCAGCAGUGGAUGAACAGGAUCGAACAAAGAACAGUGAAGUUCUGAUUGGAUCGUUGAGUGUAACAAUCCGAAACACCGGAGAACAUAACCAAGCAAAAUGCCGUGAAGAGGAGCCAAGAAUGAAGACUGUUGAGGCGAAACCCACAUCUGACCAAUCAACUGUAAAAGUAUGGAGGCCAGUGAGCAGUCAGGGAAGGAUCGAUGAAAACACAGACAAAAAGGAUAAGAUCCCAAGCUCAACUGUACCUGAAGUUAAAACCGCUCAUCACAUAAGCUUGAACGAAGCUAAGGCGUUUCUUGCAAAGAGAUGGAAAGAGGCAACCUCUGAAGAACACGUGACGUUGGUUCUGUCUCAGGAAACAGACAUUUCAGGUAACAACAACACUCACGAAUCUUCGAAUGGUGUUAUAACCGCCGCACGACCAAAGCUCAGGAAGAAACGCGAAAAAGGUAGCAAGGUAAAGUAUGUUCCAAAACAGAGGACUCCUUGAGAAAUCUAAACAAAAAAAGAACGAGCUCGUCUCUGGACCGGAGUAUCAUUUUUUAGGUAUACCAAAAGUGCAGUAUUAGUGAGAGAGACGUAUGGUAUUUUUUUUCUUUGCUUCUAGAGAGAUUUUUCUUGAUUUUAAGAGUCAAUAUUCUUUUUUUGUUUACUUCAUUUUCUCGAUAGAAAGACAUUGAGUUGUUAUUUUGUUGACCUUUCUCCAUGGUGAGGGUUUAAACUUGAAAUUUUGAAAUGAAAUUGAUAUUUAGCCAAA